AUGUUGAUUGCCCGACUGGCGUUUUUAAUCUCUAUUCUGGGCUUUGUGGUUGGGCUCCAGAAUCCGGAGUCCACUUCCAGUUCCACGACUAUCAGGACUAUGAGGGCUGGCCGUUAUUGUCAGCGAAGUGGAGGAUAUUGUCGGAUGCAUGGGGAUUGCUGCUCGCGAAUGUGCAUUCAAGUGUCAGCAGAGUGUCGUUAGAAUAAAUUGGCUACCUUAAGCUUUGAGUUUGAUAUAUUGAAAA